AUGUCCACCACCGCCGCGUCCCCCCACCCCACCUCCAUCCCCCCCCCACCCCCCCCCCCCAGCACCAACACCGCCUUCCCCUUCCCCCCGCACUACCACUACCCCCCAUUCUUCUCCCUCCAACCCACGGCCUCCACCCGCCUCUCUCAGCUCCACUCCUGGAGCACCCUCAUCCAAUCCUACUGCCGCCACCACCGCCUCUUCGCCCUCUCCCUCGUCGACGCCCUCGACUCGGACCUCUUUUGGAACCGCAAGCUUGGCAAGCGGCUGGCGCUGCGCGAUGCGCGGGAGGUGAUCGCGUGGAUGGCGGGAACGGAGGGCGGAGAGCGCGCGGAGUGGGUGGAUGGGACGGGGAAGAAGGGGAGGGGUGAGGAGGGGAGGUGUUGGGUUUAUUGGAGGCGGCCGGAGGAGUGGGCGGGGUUGAUUGAGGCGUGGGUGGACGCGACGGCGCAGAGGGGGACGGUGUUGACGUUAUAUGAGUUGGCGGAGGGGGAUGCUACCAGGUCGCAAGAAUUCCAUGGGAUGGAUAUGGAGUUGUUGCAGAAGUCACUGCAGGUUCUGGUGAAGAAGGGAAAGGCGCAGAUAUUUGGAAGUGAUGAUCAGCAGGGCAUCAAGUUCUUCUAAUGUGGACGGCGACGAAGGUUCAUGAGCAUCGCUAAGCAUCGAGGAGUAAGGAUUCUACGAAUCCAACGCAUCACUACAUUACGCUCGCUC